AUGCAACUCUUGCUCGUCCUAGCCGCGCUGGCUUCGCUCACCUCCGUCGCCCUGGCCGCCCCGCCAGGCUGGUCUCCGGAUUCAGCCCAGUUCUACUCGACCGUGGCCAAGGAGAUCGAGGCCGCGAGGAAGUCCCACAAGGAUCCUUCCCGCAAAAACUGUGACUUCUCGCGCGCCAAGCUGCCAGCGCCCACCAAGCCGCUGCCACCCGUGCCUCAGGGGCAGAAGCUGUUGCAUGUCACCAUUGGCAGGGGGAUUCAGAACUACACCUGCGCCUCCUCCUCCGCCUCCGACACACCAAAAGCAACCGGUGCCCUCGCAACCCUCUUCGAAGCCACCUGUCUCGCCGCGACCUUCCCGAACCUCCUCGCCCUCCUCCCCCGCAUCGCCCUGCACAUGCCAAAGCCCACCUACCCACAAUCGAAAUCCUCCCCAUCAACACGCUCCCAACCAGACUCCAACUUCAAUCUCGACCUCGACUUCGACUUCGACCUCGACCCCCUCACCUUCGGCCCCAGCAACAUGCCCAUCGCCGGCUACCACUACUUCGACUCUACCGGCGUCCCCGUCUUCGACCUGCUCGCCGACGGCCACUCCGCCGUCGCCAAGGUCGCUGACGUCCCCGCCCCCAAGGAUGCGCUGAAGGGCGUCGGCAGGCAGAUGUUCGGUGCCGUGGCGUGGCUGUACCUGGCCGCCGUCGACGGGAGCUCCGGCAAGGCCAAGAGCGUGUACCGCGUGGCUACGGCGGGGGGGAAGGCGCCCGCCACGUGCGACGGCUGGAAGGGGAAUGAUGGCGACGGAGGCGUUUUGAGCGUGGAGUAUUCGGCGGAGUAUUGGUUUUUUGGUUAG